AGUGCAGACGCGUCCGUUCGCUGUUGUUCAGUUUCUUAAUAGUAGGACAAAUAGCUAUACAAUUGGCUAUAACAACCAUGAUGGCAACGUCUACAAUUGUCAACAGUGUCAAAGUGUACUGUUUUUUAGUUCUGGUGAUGAUCUUCGCCUGGCUUGUUGGUGCGGCUCCCCUUCUGCCUCCAUACGAGUGUAAAGGGUCUGAACAGCCCGAUGGCACCGUCACGUUCAAUCUUCCUGGGGACUUUCCAGACCUAGUGGCCAAGUGUGAGCCUGAGAUCCUUAUUAAGGACACUUCUCUUGAAGACAUAAUUUCUGUGAUAUAUGAGAAUGGGAACGUUACAUGGAUUCCGCCAGUACUUGGAGCCACUAAGCGCAACUUCACCUUAAACCGCUGCCCACGAUCUGUCAAGAUUGCCUGGCCUGGCCUGGCCUGUCCUUUGUGGUUCAACAAGGCCACAAGCUGCUCCUGUGAGUCCUUGAUGAACUCAACGCAGAAUCAGAUCCUCACAACAACCGAGGCACCUGCUUCUGACCAUAGCUUAAAUGACAGCCCCCAUCGUCGAGUGGGUGUUGCCAUCUCUGGUGUGAUCAUCGCACUGUGUGGCUGUCUGGCUCUCUGGACUGCUUUGUGUUGUAAGAAGAGGGAGAAGGACAUGGACCACCCUCUGGGGGACUCCAGUGCCGAGACAUCGCCAUCCAGCUCCAGUGAGCAGCUUCCAGGGUCCCAGGAUCCCACUGAGGCAGCUCCCAUCAUGGGCCACGGAGGAACCUGAGAAGUCCCCAUGAGUGUCGAGCGAGAAUGUGGAGAAACACAUAAUAGAUUUGUUUGUAAGACUGUGGUGGUAUCACAUGCAUGAGAAAUACGUUUUUAAUGAGUGAAUCAGUGAAUGGCCGGUUGGUUAAUGAAGGUCCCAGCCAGCAGUCAUGGUUUCAGGUAGGAGAGAACAGGGCCGCCACCUGGGACAGCAUGUAUGGGCGGUGGCAUGAGCACUUGAGAAGAAUAUAGUUGUCAUAUCCCUGUUUUUACAAAUGCGUUUCAGUCAUUUCAUUUUUUUUGUACAGAUUUUACGGAAAACAAUUUUAAACCUGAUGCUGCAUUGACCUAGACACUGGAGUGACGCUGCAUUCAGGCCCUUGAGAUAUGAGUUUGUCAAAUGCGGGAAUGUAAGAGCUGAAUGAACACAUUCUAAUGUAAGAUGAGGGUCCUAGUUUUUAAAUGUAACUUUAAAUGUAAUGUUUUUAUGUGCUUCGGUGCUUCAGGUUUUCAUAGGCUGAGGGCACCUUUUCCCAAAAAGGGCUUAGGCAUUCAGCAGGUAUUUUCGCAGGUGCCUUGGGCUUAUAAAUGAGUUACGUGUAGUGGGAGGGACAUGAAUGACAUCACAUUGGAAAAGUUUGAGGCUGCCGUUUACAACAGAAUGUGAAUGAGAUGUGUGGGGGGACAUAAUUGAAUCCAUAUUACAUUUGUGUACAUUGAAAUAGGGUCCAUUUCAGAUGUAGCCUUUGAUGUGUUGGUGCACUAAUUCAUUCGGGGGUAAGGUAAAGUCUAUGUGCGUGUGCAAAAUGAUCUGCUACAUUCAACCACAGUGCAAAUAGAAACUCAAAACUCAUGUGGUCCUGUUAGCUUAGUCUCUGUAAUUGCACUGUUACAGUCCUGUGCUACUUUUCUUAUAUCUCCUUUUCUGUGUUUUGUUGUGUCCCUUUUAAUACUAUUUCCAAUGUUAACAAAUAAAGUGUAUUUUUAAAUUAUUAUUCAA